GCUGCAGGGCAAACCUGCCUGGGAGAGAAAUGAUCAUUCAGCGAAGUCCUCUGGCUGCUUUCAGUGAUCCUUUCUCUGCUCCAGUGACACCAGCACAUCUGCAGGGGAGAAACCUGGAGGCUAUCCCCAGAGUGCCUGAGACAUCCAAGAAGAUGAGAGCAACUGCAGAAUGAGAUAAAUGAGGCUGUUGCUUUAUAAUCUUAUGGGGACAAAGACAAGGUGACUCACUGCUCAGAAGGAAACUUUGGAUGAGGUCUCUCGCCUGCCGCCGUCGUGCCCUGCCACCCUGCGUAAUUCUAACACGAAACCAAGGGCCAGCCAAACCACACGUGUCAAAAGCAGACAGACAUGGCCAUGGAGCAAGCUGAAUAUAACCCAAAUGCUACCGUCAGCCUCAACUUUGCUGCAAUCUACAACCUUCACAAUGAGGAUUUAACUGCCUUGCGAAACUUCUCCUCCCCUUCCAAUUUCAAUUACAACGAUUACGACCUGCCACUGGACAGUGAAGACGACAUGACCAAAACCCGCACCUUCUUUGCAGCCAAGAUUGUGAUCGGGGUGGCUCUGGUUGGCAUCAUGCUGGUCUGUGGCAUUGGCAACUUCAUCUUCAUUGCUGCUCUCGCCCGCUACAAGAAGCUGCGAAAUCUCACCAACUUGCUGAUUGCCAAUCUGGCCAUCUCAGACUUCAUUGUGGCCAUCGUGUGCUGCCCCUUUGAGAUGGACUACUAUGUGGUACGGCAGCUGUCCUGGGAGCAUGGCCAUGUCCUCUGUGCCUCAGUUAACUACCUACGGACCGUCUCCAUCUAUGUUUCUACCAAUGCUCUCCUAGCUAUAGCUGUUGACAGGUAUCUGGCCAUUGUUCACCCACUGAAACCACGCAUGAAUUAUCAAACAGCAACCUUCCUGAUUGCCUUGGUCUGGAUCGUCUCCAUACUUGUAGCUAUUCCAUCUGCAUACUUUGCUACUGAAACAGUGUUAUUCAUAGUCAAAAACCAGGAGAAAAUUUUUUGUGGCCAAAUCUGGCCAGUUGAUCAGCAAAUGUACUACAAAUCAUACUUCCUCUUCAUCUUUGGCAUUGAAUUUGUCGCACCUGUGAUUACAAUGACCUUGUGUUACGCCAGGAUCUCUCGGGAGCUUUGGUUUAAAACCGUACCAGGAUUUCAGACAGAACAGAUCAGAAAGAGGCUUCGAUGCAGAAGAAAAACUGUUAUGGUACUCAUGUGCAUCCUGACCGCCUAUGUUCUCUGCUGGGCACCCUUCUAUGGCUUCGCAAUUGUCCGUGACUUUUUCCCCACCAUCUUUGUGAAAGAGAAGCAUUAUCUUACUGCUUUCUACAUAGUUGAAUGCAUUGCUAUGAGUAACAGCAUGAUAAACACCAUGUGUUUUGUAACUGUAAAAAAUAACACCAUGAAGUAUUUCAAGAAGAUCAUGUUGCUCAGAUGGAGAUCAACAUAUAACGGAAGUAAAUCUAGCACAGAUUUAGACCUGAGAACAAGUGCAAUGCCAGUCACAGAGGAGGUCGACUGCAUAAAACUGAAAUAAAUUUUCUGCAGCACUAAUCUUACGUAUUUUGGAGAGAGGGUAAAGAGGAAAUAAUGCCUCCUCAGAAGCUUCUCUCUUGUCUGUGGGAAUACCCACCACUGGUGAGAGCCCUUGAAAAGCAGCCUACUAUGCAUUUCCACCAGAACUCUUUUCAUUGCACUGCUGUAUAAUCCCAUAAUUC